GCCUGGAUCUCGAUCCGCCCCUCCCCCAUCUCCCGUCCUCCAGCGCUGGGAUGCUGCUGCUGCCAUCACCGAGAGAUGCGCGUCAAACGGGCACCAUCAGCAUGUAGACCCGCAUCUCUCCUUCACCCAUCACUCUAUCAAUCAACGCCAAAAAUAACAGCAACGAUGUGACCAAAACGAGCCUCCUUUACGUUCCCGACAGCACAACACGCCGUUUUUAACCGAUUAAUUAAUGCGGACAUGGUACAGUCUCAUCUGCAUCAUUCAGGUUUUCUUCCGCAUAAGAUGAAGUGCUCAGCACCGUCUGCUGCCUCCUGCUCCCUUCAUUUGAUUUCUAUUCUGCACCGUUGCGCAUCAUCUGCAUUUGGAAUAGCGUAAAGGUCAAAUUAUGUGACUUUCAUUUUUGUGUUCUCCAUGAUGGGCAUAAUUUGAGGCUAAACCACUGGAUAUCAUUCCGUCUUUCCUGUCUUUUUUCGACUCAGCGUCAAAUGUCCUUGGAACAUGGCCUGCGCGGUUUUGUACCAACGCUAUUCCUGUGUCACUAGAUCCCCUUUAUUGUUUAAUAAUCAGUAACACUUGCUUCAUUUGGUCUUCAUAGAGAUGGAUUGGCACAAUGGCUUCCACUUUAUUUGCUGACUUUUUCUUUAUGGGGGGAUAUUUCAGGGGAACCUCAGCUACCACACCGUAGAAUAGAAAACCCCAAACAAUCUCACAAUUCAUGUCUCAGUAUGGAGAACAUCUUAGAAAUAGGUGAGGAGGAAUAUAAAUAAGACAAAAGAGAUCACACAUUUUCCCACAUACCCAUCUUUUAGCUCAUAGCAUCUGCUAAAAAGCGUCCAGUCUUCCACAACCAACACACCAUCAUGGGGGAUCUGGGCAAUAGCACAGUAGACUUCCACCCUAAGAAGCCAGGGAUGGACAAAGGAGAUCAUGAGGGAGAUUUCGGGGUGACAGUAGAGGAGCUGAGCUCACUGAUGGAGCUCAGGGGACCUGAGGCCCUGCAGAAGAUCCAGGAGAACUACACAGACACUGAAACCCUCUGUCACAGACUCAAGACUUCACCUGCAGAUGGAUUAUCGGACAAUCCUGCGGACCUGGAGAAACGUCGGCAAGUGUUUGGAAUGAACUUCAUCCCUCCUAAGAAGCCCAAGACCUUCCUUCAGCUCGUGUGGGAGGCUCUACAGGACGUUACCCUUAUAAUCCUGGAAAUAGCGGCCAUUAUUUCCCUCGGACUGUCCUUUUACCAGCCGCCGGGAGGGGACAGUGAAGCGUGUGGUAAUGUAAGUUCAGGUGCGGAGGACGAGGGAGAGGCGGAGGCGGGCUGGAUCGAGGGUGCAGCUAUCCUGCUCUCGGUGCUCUGCGUGGUGCUAGUGACAGCGUUUAAUGACUGGAGCAAAGAAAAGCAGUUCCGUGGCCUGCAGAGCCGUAUUGAACAGGAGCAGCGCUUUGCUGUGGUGCGGAACGGCACGGUCAUUCAAAUCCCCGUGGCUGAGAUUGUGGUGGGGGAUAUUGCCCAGAUCAAAUAUGGUGACCUCCUGCCUGCGGAUGGUGUUCUCAUCCAAGGGAACGACCUCAAGAUCGAUGAGAGCUCCCUCACUGGAGAGUCUGAUCACGUACGCAAAUCCAUUGCCAAGGAUCCCAUGCUGCUGUCAGGCACUCAUGUAAUGGAGGGCUCUGGGAAAAUGGUGGUGACCGCUGUUGGUGUCAACUCUCAAACGGGAAUCAUCUUCACCCUCCUGGGGGCCGGAGAGAUGGAGGAAGAGAAGAAAGACUGCAAGAAAGGGAAACAAGACGGGACCCUGGAGAACAAUCAAAAUAAAGCUAAGAAACAGGAUGAGGCUGUUGCCAUGGAGAUGCAGCCUUUAAAGAGUGCAGAAGGUGGGGAAGUGGAGGAGAAAGAGAAGAAAAAAGCCAGUGUGCCUAAGAAGGAGAAAUCAGUUCUUCAGGGCAAACUCACCAAGCUCGCAGUGCAAAUCGGGAAAGCAGGUCUGGUGAUGUCCGCCAUCACUGUGAUUAUCCUGAUGCUGUACUUCGUGAUCGAAACGUUCGUGAUUCAGGGAAUGACCUGGCUGACAGAAUGCACGCCUAUUUAUGUGCAGUACUUUGUCAAAUUCUUCAUCAUCGGAGUUACAGUUCUGGUGGUAGCUGUGCCAGAGGGUUUGCCCCUGGCUGUCACCAUAUCAUUGGCCUACUCUGUAAAGAAAAUGAUGAAGGACAAUAACCUGGUGCGUCAUUUGGAUGCAUGUGAGACUAUGGGCAAUGCCACGGCAAUUUGCUCAGAUAAAACAGGGACCCUCACCACUAACCGGAUGACAGUAGUGCAGAUUUAUAUAGGGGACCAGCUCUUCCGCGAGAUCCCAAGACCAGACCAGAUUAACCCAAAGAUAGUGGAGCUCAUCACCAGUGCUAUUGCCGUGAACUGCGCCUACACCUCCAAAAUAAUGGCUGCAGAUAAGGAAGGUGGGCUGCCCAAACAAGUGGGUAAUAAGACAGAAUGUGCUCUGCUGGGACUCGUGCUGGACCUGAAGCAAGAAUACCAAGCUGUGAGGGAGCAGAUCCCAGAAGAGAAGCUCUAUAAAGUCUACACCUUUAAUUCUGUGAGAAAAUCCAUGAGCACCGUCAUUCAAAUGCCUGAUGGAAGCUUCCGCUUGUACAGCAAAGGAGCCUCUGAGAUCCUGCUCAAAAAGUGCUCGUUCGUCUUGGGCCGUGAUGGUGAGGCUCGUGCUUUUAGGCCACGGGACAAAGAUGAAAUGGUGAAGAAAGUGAUUGAACCGAUGGCAUGUAAUGGCCUUCGUACGAUUUGCAUUGCUUACCGAGAGCUCCCAGCUGACCCCAUGCCAGACUGGGACAACGAGACAGACAUUGUCUCCAACCUUAUCUGCAUCACAGUGGUCGGCAUUGAAGACCCUGUUCGCGCUGAGGUCCCAGAAGCCAUCAGGAAGUGCCAACGAGCAGGCAUCACUGUGCGUAUGGUGACGGGUGACAACAUAAACACUGCACGUGCCAUUGCUGCCAAAUGUGGCAUCAUCCAUCCUGGCGACGACUUCCUGUGUAUGGAAGGGAAGGAAUUCAACAGGCGAAUCAGAAAUGAGAAAGGAGAGAUUGAGCAAGAGCUCAUUGACAAAGUUUGGCCCAAGCUCAGAGUUCUUGCUCGUUCCUCCCCUACGGACAAACACACACUAGUCAAAGGUAUCAUAGAUAGCACCAUUUUAGAACAAAGGCAGGUGGUUGCAGUCACUGGUGACGGCACAAAUGAUGGACCUGCUCUUAAGAAAGCUGAUGUGGGGUUUGCAAUGGGCAUUGCUGGUACAGAUGUGGCCAAGGAGGCCUCUGACAUCAUCCUGACGGACGAUAACUUCUCUAGCAUUGUAAAGGCUGUGAUGUGGGGACGGAAUGUGUAUGACAGCAUCUCCAAGUUCUUACAGUUUCAGCUCACAGUGAAUGUGGUGGCUGUCAUAGUAGCCUUCACUGGUGCCUGCAUCACGCAGGAUUCACCCCUUAAGGCUGUGCAGAUGCUGUGGGUCAAUCUGAUCAUGGACACAUUUGCUUCUCUGGCUCUUGCCACAGAGCCACCCACUGAAGCGUUGCUCCUGAGGAAGCCCUACGGCCGAAACAACCCCCUCAUAUCCAGAACCAUGAUGAAGAACAUCCUUGGCCAUGCAGUUUUCCAGCUCAUCAUCAUCUUCACCCUGCUCUUUGUAGGUGAGAAGAUCUUUGACAUAGACAGUGGACGUAACGCUCCACUUCACUCUCCUCCCUCCGAGCACUACACCAUCAUCUUUAACACCUUUGUCCUCAUGCAACUCUUCAAUGAGAUCAAUGCCCGUAAGAUCCACGGAGAGAGGAACGUGUUUGAUGGAAUCUUUUCAAACCCCAUCUUCUGUUCAAUUGUGCUGGGGACCUUCGCAAUACAGAUUGUGAUAGUGCAGUUUGGUGGGAAACCUUUCAGCUGUUCCCCCUUAAAUGUGGAGCAGUGGCUUUGGUGCCUGUUUGUGGGAAUGGGAGAGCUGAUCUGGGGACAGGUGAUAGCAUCAGUGCCAACACAUCAGCUGAAGUGUCUAAAAGAAGCGGGCCAUGGGCCGGAUCCAGACGAGAUCAUGGAUGAGGAUCUAGCUGAGGAUGAGGAUGAGAUUGACCAUGCCGAGAGAGAGCUGAGACGAGGACAGAUCCUGUGGUUCAGAGGACUCAACCGAAUUCAGACUCAGAUGGAGGUAGUGAGUACCUUCAAGAGAAGUGGUUCGUUUCAGGGUGCAGUGAGACGCCGCUCUUCAGUGCUCAGCCAACUCCAUGACGUAACCAAUAAUUCUACUCCCUCUCACGUAGUUCUCUCCACUGCCAAUGCAACUGGUGCCCCCGGGAGUGAGUCCUUACAUUCCGUUAACGGCACCUCGUAGAGCCCAUGCACUCAGAUGGCUAGCAUACACACCAACACACGCACACACACGUGCAUUGUUGCCUGCCUUCAAACGCAACUAGUCUGCUGAAUGUUGAGUGUGUGUGUGUGUGUGUGCGCGAGAGAGAGAGAGAGAGAGCAGAUUAUUAUUGGAGCAUCUGCUUCAUCUCUCUACAUGUGCUUUUUUUUUAGUUUGUUUCGCUCAUUCGUUUGUGGCCUUUCUCUCUUUCUUUCUUUCUUUCCUCCUUCCUUGCUACCUCAUAACUUAUUUCUUGCUCUUGCUGUUUAAUUCUGGCUUGGUGCUGCCAAGAUAAGGCUUGGUUUUCUUUUUCUUGUUGCCUUUUUUUUGAUUCUCCCGUUGCUUGAUUUUUGCCAAUAAUUCAAACUCAAAUCAAUGUUGCCAUAAAGGGCUACCAGAAUUUCACUCGAAAGAGCCAAUCAACAGUUGAAAUGAAUUGAGAAACUAAAGUGGAGAUGUUUGAUCUGUUUGACAACACGGGAACAAUGAAAGCAAAAGAUUGACUGUUGUAAACCUGCGAGUAUAAGCCCAUAAUGGUUUCUGCUGCCAUUUUCAUUUUGGGGAUAUUAGCAUUGAUAAUGCUAACAUUUUUCUAUCCCGUUCAGGACAAAAAGCAUACUUACGGUGUGCCGUGUUUUCUUGCUCUGUCUUUGUGCGCCUUGUUCAGAUUCUUCUUUCUCUCUUCACAGGUUUUGGGUUAUAACCUGCCACAUCUAAUGAAAAUGUCCUGCUAAUUGCUGCUGCUUGAGUUUCUACACAUAAGAAAAGCUUUCUUACUAUUUGCUGCUAUGAUUUAUUGUCACUAAACUGCUGUAGUUUUGGACAUGGUCUUCUUGAAAGCCAUUCUCACAGACAGUGAUUUGUUUAUGAGGGUUUAAUGCACCAAAUAUAACAUCAACAUUGCCCUCCAGGUACCAGAAGCGAUCUUUUCUGUGGUCUAAAGAAAACAGCUGCGUCUUAGCAUUUCCAAAUCCCUUCAAAGAGACCACCGAGCAUUAGCCCAGCUGGAAUGCCCCCUAGUUUCAUUAUCACUUCCCCUUCAAUGUUAAUCUUCAGUUCCUUUUAUUUAUGAACCUUUAAAAAUGAAAUCUGUUUUGUCCUCCUAUUUUCAACAUAGGUUUUUUUUGUGUCUUAUCCUGUCCUGUCCUGUCAAUCUUGUCCGGUAUAUUGUUUUUUUCUGUUUUAAUUUUUUUUGUCUUUUUCUUGUUUCAUCAUCUUUAGCAUUUUGUGCUGUUAUCUUAGAUUAAAUAUAACAGAGAAAGAAAGGUUCCAGCAAAUUCGUAUUGUUAUAGUUUCGCAAAAUAAUGUAGAUAUGCCUUGGUGAUGUUGCACAAGAGGGCUGCUUCUCAAAAGCUUUUGUUUGGCCAUCACGCCACAACAAAAGAACAUGAUUUGUGCUGUAGUUUUAGACCUCCAUCCUUCAAAGGUCUGUCUUUCACCUCCCUUCUCUUGCCGUCUGUCAUGAGGAGUUCUGAUGUGAUGUGUUUGGAGCUAUUCAAACACAAUCCCUUUUCUGUUUUUCCAUCCAGUGCCUGAAUUACAAAAGACUAGCCGAUUCCUCACUGCAGUUAAUUCACAAUUUUUUUUACCCUCUUUGAUAUCAUAACCAUUACAAAUUCUGGGCCUUAUACUCGAAAGUUUACAAUGUCAGUGCUGCGUAACAAAGAAAACAGCUUUAAAUUAAAAAGCAGGAACCUCAAAACGAAUGGCUCUUUGGAAAAACAAAUCCGCAGAAGCGCUAUGUGUCCAUGUUGUGAAGUCCCCUCCCUCUGUCAGUCACAUUGCUUUGUGGUCAUUCCCGAACGUGGUUUGGCUAUGCAUGUAGAAUGCAGAGAGCGGGAAAAAAAGCCUUACGUCCGAUGAAUGUGAUGGUCCGACAUGCAUGGUCACACACAAGAACGAUUUUUCACCAUGGCUGCUGUAUAAUCACACAUGACAAGAACGAGGAUGUCAGAAAAAGGAACAUGGACCGUUUUGAUCAAUGUUUUUACGGAUAUUUUUUUCUAUUGAAUGUGUACUUGCAUGCUAUGCAUGAACGGGAAGAGGAAUCUUGAAUUAUUGUGCAUGGUUGCAUGGGAGACAAGUCCCAUUUAAUGUGUUCAUACUUUUGAGGGCAUAGAGAGUUUGGUUUUUCUUUCCACAAAAACAAGGCAAUCAAGAUCUGCUAAUUUGUGCUUGUAUUAGAAUAAGCUAAUAAAAUCAAAGAUACUUUGCUUUGUUUAAUUUUUUUUCCAUUGAUUUAUUGAAAGUGGAUUUUCAAAAGGCUUACAAAUAUACCCUAUAAAUGUAACAAAUAGAAAACUGAUGAUGUCAGAACAAUAAAUAAUGCUUACAGUAACUAAUGCAAUCUGUUUUUUCAAGACUAUUAUAUCUGUAUUACAGAAUUUGUCAACACCAACAGUAUGUGAAUAUGCAUGUCUUUAUUUCCUGUAUGUUUUUGUGUUUGUGCGUUCUGUGCACAGCCGUGUAGUGUAAACCUCACUUUCAGUGUGUGUUUUCUGUGUGUGUACUGUGUACACUUCAUGUAUGUGUGUGUUUUACCACAUGGUGGCGUGUGUUCCUUCAAAAUCAUUGUUUUCUUGGUGUUUAAUGUCAUUUGUUUGCAUGUGUUCUUUUUUUUGUUUUCUUAGAGUGUUCCAUGAAUUUUAAUCACCUGGUAUUGAACUGGCAACAGUGAAAGUUGUAAUUCGUUUUUGAACUUUGCAGACAUACAUGCAUUUUAUUGUUUUCUUUAUUUUUUUUAUCUGUUCAUUUUUUAUGCUCACUAAUUUGACAUGCCUUUCUGCUCAUAAAAUAGAGGUUAAAAAAAGUCAAACUUUUUGAUCAUGAUCAUUAAUAAAGCUGAAAUUGUAUUAAAUGAAAGGCAGACAGGGGGCUAAGGCUGCUUUGACAGAUCAUAUUCAUAAUAUUUAUGGUAUCCUUCCGUUUUAUUGGAACUAUUUGUGUUUGCCGUCUUGUGUAUUAUCUUGAGAUUUCCUUUUCCUCUUGUAAUUACAACUUGGGUUUCAAUGAUUGUUUUUGGGCGUCAUUCUAUAGAGGCCUAUAGAAUGGCUGUGGAGUUUUGUUUCUUUUCAAAGGCCUACUGCACCAAAGGCCUUAAUGGAUGUGAAACUUUCAGUUCUCGCAGCACAGCUAGCUGGAAGUGUGCGAGUAGUGCAAAAGGGGGACUAAACUUCUCUCCACCUCUCUGUUCCUUUGAUCCCUCCAUUUUCUUCCCUUUGACAUCUCCUACCCUGCACCCUUGAU